CUAGCAGAAUCUUUCUUCUUCUAUGGCCACUACCCCAGAAUGAUCAAUGGGUACCACCUAGACUUUGCGUAUCUCCUUAUUCUGCUCACCACCUACUUUGGAAGUUUCUUCAUUAUUUUAAGAGGAAUUGCUCGUGCAACCUGUUUAACUGUGCGAGGGGAGGACAAUACACGUCUCAAAUUCACCACGCUGCUGUUUGCCACCUGGGAUUAUAACCUGACCUCCAGGGGAGCUGUUUAUCAGGCCAGUCAGAGCAUCAUCAACACCUGUAAGGACCAAAUGGUGGAAGCCAAGGCACAUGCAGCUGUCUUCUUGAGAAGUAGAACUGAGAAGACCAAAGUGAUUUUGCUGAGAAUCCUAGCAUGGACAAUCACCAUCAUCCUUAUUGGUGCGGGAUGUACUGGCAUUUUCUUCCUCGUAGUUAAUGUGAAUUUUGCUGAUGCAAACCACUUAGGGCAGAUUUCAAAUGCUACUGGGAUCAACCUGUCUUCAGGAUUUUUCCAGGUGUAUGGAACCACAAUUAUUUUCAGUCUGAUCAACAUCAUUGUCCCAAUGGUUAUCACUCGACUGCCGAUCAUGGAGCACUACAGCACAGGACAGUGGGAGCUGAGGGUGACACUCGUACGGGUGUUCUUUCUGAGGAUGGCUAACCUGAUUGCCCUCAUGUAUUCACUGUACAGCACGGUGCAGCACCUUGUUGAUGACAGUCAGACUGGAGACAGCAGCCUAGGCUGUGUGGGGACGGUGCUGGGGCAGGAACUCUACAAACUGGUCAUCAUGGACACCCUAGUACAUGCCAUUGUCAACCUCAGUAUGUACUUCGGGGCCUACUUCUGGAACAGACAAAAGAAGGAAUUACACUUACCCUCAGCUAUACUGGUCAUCAUCUAUAGACAGGCACUGAUAUGGGUGGGCCGUGGCCACUCAUUUGCUCGUUCCUGGAGCAGGCAUGUCCAUCACCUGGACAGCGACAUUUUCUCUGAAGCUGCUAUCAAGGAUGUAACAGCGGAGCUGGACUCCCCUGGAGCAGGAUUCCCCCAUGGUGUCCAAUCUGAUAUACCCGACCCCUCACAGAACAAAGCUAAUGCUGAUGAACUUGUCUUUAGUAAACAAAGGCAGAAUAGAAAAAAGAGGGAGAAGUCAAAGGGUUUAAAUCUGCGUAGCAAAAUGGGUUUUUUCAACCUGGUUCGCCAUGAUUUUCUGGUUUGGUGGGACAGGUUUUCCAGUCGCCUGUGGGAAGUUCCUGUUUUUCGAGAUGUCAUCAAUAAGACAGAGACUGUAUUCGUGAACUGA